CCGAACAUCACUUGGCCCUCGCUGUCACUCGCGGUCGCCUGGCCGUUGUCAUCAUUGUCCCUCCGCUGUCACCUUUUCAAGCCCCAGGCUGGCUGCUUCGGAAGCCCCUGAUCCCAUGGAGGAGUGGGACGUGCCACAGAUGAAGAAAGAGGUGGAGAGCCUCAAGUACCAGCUGGCCUUCCAGCGGGAGAUGGCAUCCAGGACCAUCCCCGAGCUGCUGAAGUGGAUCGAGGAUGGGAUUCCCAAGGACCCCUUCCUGAACCCCGACCUGAUGAAGAACAACCCAUGGGUGGAAAAGGGCAAAUGCACCAUCCUGUGAGCCCCGCACCCAGCCCCUCUCACACCAUUCUGUGAGACCGUGCCUGGCCCCACUCACUCCAUCCUGUGAGCCUGCACCCAGCCCUACUAGCUCCAUCCUGUGAGACCACACCUGGCCCCACUCCCACCAUGCUGUGAGCCCCACUCCUGGCGCCACUCACUCCAUCCUGUAAGCCUGCCCCCAGCCCCACUCACACCAUCCUGUGAGCCCCACUCCCAGCCCCACUCACUCUAUCCUGUGAGACCACUCCUGGCCCCACUCACACCAUCUUGUGAGACCACUCCCGGCCCCACUCACUCUAUCCUGUGAGCCCCACUCCCGGCCCCACUCGCACCAUCCUGUGAACCCCACUCCGCUCGUGUGAUAACAGUCAGUAAAGGUGUGACUUUAUAAAGACAUCUCCAGGUU